GAUUAUUUGGUUUGCAUAAAAACAAUACUGCUUAGAUUUCAUUGGAUAAUAUCCAUUAUUUGGUGAGUGGUGAAUAUAUAAUUUUCUUCUGGGACGUUUUGCCAUCACUAAACCGCCAAACUGGCUAUGGCCGCUGCGAUCGCCAGCUCCCUCAUUCGGCAAAAGAGGGAGCGGGAGCGGGAGAAGGCGAAUGCCUGCCGCUGCGCAAGCAGUCCGAAUAUUUGCAAAGCAGGGGACAGGGGACCCUGUGAGAAACCGAGCAAGCUGAACGUGUUCUCACGCGUCAAACUCUUUGGCUCUAAGAAACGGAAGAGAAUAAGUCGACCAGAGCCCCAGCUCAAGGGGAUAGUGACGAGGCUGUACAGCCGCACAGGCUUCUGCCUUCAGAUGCAAGCUGAUGGAACCAUCGAUGGAACCAAGGACGAGGACAACAGCUAUGCUGUGUUCAACCUCAUUCCUGUUGGGCUGCGAGUGGUGGCCAUCCAGGGGGUUCAGACCAAGCUUUACCUAGCCAUGAACAACGACGGCUUCCUCUACACUUCGGAACACUUCACCCCGGAGUGUAAGUUCAAGGAGUCAGUGUUUGAGAACUACUACGUGACCUACUCCUCCAUGCUCUACAGACAGCAGCAGUCUGGCAGGGCCUGGUACCUUGGCCUCAAUAAAGAGGGAGUCAUCAUGAAGGGCAACCACGUGAAGAAGAAUAAACCAUCAGGCCACUUCAUCCCCAAGCCACUGAAAGUUGCCAUGUACAGGGAACCCUCUCUCCAUGAUCUGACCGAGUUCUCCCGCUCCGGCAGCGCUACUCCCACUAAGAGCCGUAGUGCAUCAGCCCUGCUGAACGGAGGAGGGAAGACACUGAGCCACAACGAGCAGUCCACAUAGCUGUGGUGGUCAGCGUCAGGCAGAGGGCGGUUCUCACUGUAAGCAGACUCAACUGAUCCUCAUCAAACUGAACAGGUGGAGAGGAAGCAAAUUAGCUUAGCUUAGUGUGUACUGAAACCACUGUGACAGACUAUGACAUCAUCAAUUAAAUAAAUCCAUGAGCGAGCUUCUGCGGGUCAACUUUGCUAUGAACUUCGAUACGAAAAGCCAUUUUGCUGGUCUGGAAUUUAUAUUCUUCCUUGUAUUCUUGAGCAUAUGUAGUGUAUUACCAAUGUAUAUCUCUCUGAAGGUCUUGAGAGGGAGAGUUACUGGUCAGUAUUUAUGUGGUCCAUCAACUGUUGCUUUCAUGCCUCCUAAAAAAAGCUUUUUUGUGUGUUUGAGUCCAAGGUGUACAUAUCUGCAAGCCUUCUGCCUCGUCUACCAUAUAAAUUGCUUGCCAGCUAUACUGAUUGCGAUCAUUUGUUCCUGUGUACCAAAGAGUCAAGCGUGUUUCUCUAGUUUUACUCAAGGCAAAGAAAGAAAGGAAGAAAGAAAGAAAUCGAAUCACAAGCAUAGGCCAUGUCCUAAAUCUGUCUUAUCUACUACUAAAACGACACACUGUGUAGUGUGUACUAAUCGUACUACAAACUGUGUAGUGUGUACUAAUCGUACUACAUACUAUUUAGAAUGUACUGUUUAGUAAACAUUUAUGCAGUAAGCAACAAAUAUCAACAUACUAGGCUCACCCAUACUGAGAAUGCAUCAUCUAAUGCACAAUUGCGUUGUUUUCCGACAUUCAUUCGUUUUGGUACAACCCAUCCCCCCCUUUUCUGAUUAUCAGCUGAUAUGUUGUCAAAGACACGUGGGUCUAAAAAGAUAAAUCUCUUCCUCAAUAGCAUGACAUCCUGGCAUUUAAAGCAUUUUCAAAAUGUGUCAUACUUUGAAAGGUUCUAUUUUGGCAUACCCAUCAGUCUACGAGUUACAACACAAGGAGACGAGGGGUAAUCAGACACGGACGAUGUGUGGUCUACAGCAACUUGUUUUAAUAAUACAAUAGAGAAGCAGAGUAGUUGUUUAAAAACUUAUGUCAACCCUUUUACAGUAUUGUGUCAUUAGUAGUCUCCUUUGACAAACUAUAAACAACAUUUCAUAUGGUAUUUAGAUGUAUUCAGUCAUUUGUUUGUGUGUGUGUGAAAGGAUAUUAACAUAAUCCUUGAUUUUUUAUUUGACCAUCAAAUGGGGAUUAUUAGUGAAAUUGAGGGCUCUUACAGAUGAAAUGAUUGUUUGUAUUCUCCUGCAUUGUUUUUCCCCCUGGAGCCGAAUAGAUGCUUAUGUCUAUCAUUUUGAUUGAUUGAUUGACACUAUUAUUGCAUGGAAGACUGUGGACCUCUGGGAAAUAGCAGCAUGAUGUACUGUAGGUCUACUAUGCUUAUUAUCUACCUGUUUUGGACGCUCUGCUCCAGUCUAUACCAGACUGACUACAAGUGAAUGAUCCACAGAGCACAGAUACACUUUUAAUCUGGUACCUUCUUGCAGUAGGUUAUUUGUUGUUCUAAUGAAAAUGCACUGAAUAAAAUGUUUAUAAGGAAAUACGA